GGGAUGAUUGAAGGGUUUGGAAACUUCAGGAGCCCAGGGUUGUCUAGGCAACGGAACCUUGGGAAAUAGGCAGGUUCGGAGAUGCAGGACACUAGGACAUUCGCAUGAGCACGCGCAGUGACUUGGCGGCGGCGGCGGAGGCGAGAUGCGCGUGCACAGGCGCGGGCAGCCAGCCGGGAGCAGUAAAAGGUUCAGUUGAGAAGCUGUGAGGGGGUCGCCAAGCUCCCACGGUCACUUUACUGACGUGAGCCACUGGGGCGCGCACGGCGCCUCGCACGAGCUGGUGCUGAGCCGCGUGCGCUGCGCCUCCUGCGGUCCCUGCGUGGUCACCGCGUCUCGGAGCACCCGGUCCGCUGACGCGCGUGUCUGACAGCAAAGACGAAGGCCGUGCUCUCGUCGCCGGACAUCUCCUCUUCGCACGAUGAGCCCCGAGCCGGCACCCCAGCCUCCGGAGCCCCAGGGCGUGCGCUGCAGCCUCGAGGAGCAGGAGCUCUCGGCUGAGAGCCUGAUGGAGGAAGCCGAGGCUGCCCUCAUCAAAGAGUACCAGGCGGCGGCCGAGCUCCUCCGCUCGAUGCUGGCCCGCAUGGCGCAGCCGGACCGUGCCCUGUGCGUGCACCUUGGGGAAACGCUGUCUCGUGCCGGCCUCUUCCCCGAUGCCAUCGGCGCCUUCCGCGGGGCCGCCCUGCUCGGCCCCCUGAAGCCCGUGGAGCUGGAUGAGCUGGCGAGAGGCCUGGCGCGCUCCCUAGGCCUGCACAAGAAGUGGCUGCCGGAGGUGGCAAGGUCCGGCUGCGCGGCUGGCUCCUCGGGGCCGGUGGCGCCCCGCGAUCUGCUGGGCUGUCCGCGCUGCGGGCGGCUGCUCUACAAGCCCGUGACGCUGGCCAGCGGGCUCACGGUAUGCAAGCGCUGCGUAAAGAUGGUUCCCGGGCGGCCACAGGCCCGGCGCGUGAACGUGAUGCUGAGCGGGCUGCUGGAGAGAUGCUUCCCCGCGUAUUGUCGGCUGCGCAGGAUGGCGUGCCAGGCGCGGGGGCUUCAACGCCAGCAGCAGCCCGAGGCCGCGCUGCUCAGGUGCCAGCAGGCCCUGGACAUAGCCCCUGAUGACAGCUCACUCCUGCUGCUGCGAGCUGAGAUAUAUCUAACCACAAAGAACUAUGAGCAAGCCAUGCAGGAUGCUGAUAUGGUCUGUCAGAGGGAGCCUCUCCUGACUAAGGGGCACCGUAUAAAAGCUCAGAUUCUUUCUGGAUUGGGAAGAAGUAAAGAAGGGCUGAAGGAAUUUAUCUACUCCAUUGCUUUAAAUCCUGGAUGUAAGUCGGCAAGGAAAGAAACACAGAAGGUAAUAUGUGAGGUGUUGUUUUCAGCUUCAGAAAGUGAGCAUCAGAAUUCGACAGCUUCUACCCAAAGUGGACCAGAGGCCCACUGUGAUGGCCAGAUGAAUCCCCAGUGUCCUGUGGAAGAAGGCGGGAGCGCGAAUACGGGCAGUCCUGAGAAUCCAUCUGAGAGGUCUGAUGCAGUCAAGAAGGAAAUCAAUUCUUCGGUUUUGUAUUUUAUUAUGGGCCAAAACCGUGAAGAGGACAAAAAGGCUUUGGAAAGCGUCUUUCCAGCAGCAUCGAGCAGCACUUUAAAGAGACAGCUCCCAAGUGACACAGGAGAUGGGUGUGAUGGGAACACCCCAGAGAAAGUUCCCAAGAAAGAUGUGGAUUCCUCACCUCAGGGGAAAGUGAACUCUCUGGAGGAGCCAGAGUUCACGAUUGACCUUGCUGACUUUGAGUGUGCUCUGUGUAUGAGGUUGCUCUUUGAACCUGUCACUACGCCCUGCGGACACACAUUUUGCCUGAAAUGCCUCGAGCGCUGCCUUGACCAUGCUCCACACUGCCCACUGUGCAAAGACAAGCUUUCAGAAUUGUUGGCAACCAGAAACUUUCAUGUGACUGUUCUGGUUGAAGAACUGAUACUCCGGUACUUACCAGAUGAGCUGUCUGAUAGGAAGAGGAUUCACGAUGAAGAAAUGCUGGAACUAUCGGAUCUGACCCGAGAUGUGCCCAUCUUUGUGUGUGCCAUGACCUUCCCUACGGUUUCCUGCCCUCUGCAUGUCUUUGAGCCCAGCUAUCGGCUCAUGAUAAGAAGAUGCAUGGAAACCGGCACCAAGCGAUUUGGCAUGUGUUUGUCUUCAGAAAAUGCAGGGAUUUCGGAGUUCGGCUGCAUGCUGGAGAUAAAGGACAUCAGAACUUUCCCCGACGGAAGCUCCAUUGUGGAUGCAGUCGGGAUUAGCCGCUUCAGAGUGCUCAGCCACCGCCACAGGGAUGGCUAUAACACCGCGGACAUCGAGUACCUGGAAGACGAGAAGGUGGAAGGUCAAGAGUAUGAAGAACUCACCGCCCUCCAUGAGUCAGUGUACCAGGAGGUUGUUUCCUGGCUUGCUUCUCUCCAGGAUCCCAUGAAAACGAAAAUCCUAAACCUUUUCGGGUCGAUGCCAGACAGGGAGCCUGAGGCACAGAGCACCGCUAUCGGCCCCGCCUGGUCCUGGUGGAUUCUGGCCGUGUUGCCGCUGGAACGCAAGGCUCAGGUGGCCAUUCUCGGCAUGCCAUCCCUGAAAGAGCGGCUGCUUGCCAUUCGGCGAAUCCUAGCCAUAAUUACCCAAAAGAUGAACAGUCGCCAAGAGAUGGCCAACAACGCACAGGGAGAUAACUGAGUUUCCUCUGUGUGAAGGUUGCUGGAAGCCCCUGUGUGUUUCUGGGUUGCAGGCGGGGACCGGUGCCCCUCCUCCUCACUGCUCUUUGUAAAAUGCUUGUCAGUAAUGUGAUAAACGAGACAGAUGCCAAAUACCAGUUUCCUUACACAUUCCAAGUCUGCCUGCGGGACUCUGGCACUGUUCAAGGUUAGUCUGAACCCCCAGUGGAAGGCACAGUGGGGAGCCCCGUGAGAAAACCUCUUCAGAGCAGGCAUUUCAAGAGUCCAGCCCACUACCAGCAAUGGACACACACACGGUUGACAUGUGAUGUAGGUGUUGAAGGUGAUGACAUUCCUAGUCAGUGUCUUGAGAUGAUAGAUGGAGAGAACGUGUGUGCCAGUGGCCAGGCACUUGAGAGCCACGCUUUCAAGUGGAAACAGGUCUAUUGAAUACAAGCACGCCAAAAUUAGACUUGGGCUCUGUUUGCUGCGGUGAACUCAUUUGUAAAUGAAUCAUUGUCCAGUCUUUGCCCCCACGAAGUCAUAAUUACUGGACAGAGCUGUGUUCGUGUUUCAUGUCCUGCUAUAAUUCCAGGUGUUAUAAAUUGCAUGUCGUAAUUAAAUGAGUGUUACAAAUGUAAUAUGUAUCUUGUGUAUAGAAAAGACUGAGAAUAACAGCUAUUUUGAGACUAUAUAUUUAUAAACACCCCGAAAGUGUAAUCGAAAUGCAUUGAAACUGUAUGUGCAUUGGAAUGUCAAACACACAGCCAAACUUGUUUUCUAAGCAAAGUUUUAUGUGUGGAAUUUCCAGUCUGAUAAUGCUAGGUGUAAUUCCUGGCCUCCAGCAUGGUUUGGGAAUAUGGAUUGGAAUACCCAGACAUUACUGCUGUGCUGAGCUGGCUGCUUCGUCUGUAAGGUGAGCAUCCUGACAGACAAGAUCCUGCUGAGCAAAUUCCAGUGACGAGUUCUGCUUUUGCUUCACCCAUUCAAGGGGUGGGGUUUUUGUUUUUUUUUUUGUUUUUUGGGUUUUUUGUUUUUAUUUUUUUUUAAAGUACAUUUUAUGGUGUGAAAUCUUGAUGGUUUAUCAAACCCAUCAAGCAUUUUAUUAGGAAGGCCUUAUGAUUGCAGUGAUAAUGUAUUUUAUUGUGCUUGCCAAUAACUGAAAUUCAACUUCACCGUGGGACUUAGAAUACAACACCCAUCUCGUUUACUGUGAAUCUUCAAUGUCAUCUUAAAAAGAGGCUAAAAGCCCUUUGAGCAAGCAGUUUCAAUGCACUGCCAGGUCAUGUCUUCUUGACAUUUAUGACAUCAUCUGACCAUGUAAAACAAAACUGGAACUCCUGUGGCAGAAACCCUUUACUGGAAUUUGCCCAUGAAAAUGAAUAGAUUUUUACUUAUUCUCUUUCUUUCUUCAUUCCUCUUUCUUUCUUUCUUUCUUUCUUUCUUUCUUUCUUUCUUUCUUUCUUUCUUUCUUUCUUCUUUUGGAUAUUAUAUUGUUCCUGUUUCCAUCUGGAAGUGUCCAGCUGGUGUGAUCGUAGUGUCUCUGGUGUCUGUGCUGGGUUAGUGUUUGGAAAAUUUUGCUCUCACCUCUGACUUGUUUAAAGUUAGAACUGGUUGUGUUCUUGAACUCAGAGCCGUUAUGUUGUUCAUCCUGAUUCUGUCGGCCUCUCUCGAGUCUUCUCCUCCCCAGGGUUCUAGUGUAAAAUCCCAUGCCACAAUGCUACCAAGAAGAACAACGGAAGUGUUCGGAUUUUGGUACCAAAGGGACCGUGGUAUGAUUGUUCCGCCCACGCUGUGUUCCGUUGCACACCUCCACACAGCACACAGUAGUAGCCCGGGGCUUCUCGGGGAAUCUGGUUGUCAGAAUGUUUCAGUAGCACAACAUAAUGAAGUUAAAGUGCCGCCACUGCCCUCAGCCAAGCUUAGGACAUGCUCUCUAAAUUGUACCUGGGUCUGAAUUUACAAACAAGUGAAUGACAAAUGCCAUUGAGAGAAACAGUAGAUGCUCCAGGUUCACUACAGAUGAGAGGCCCAUUGCCUAGGGUCGUGUGGGGGGAAGCACUCAAGUCAGGCAUGGAGGUGAUACGUGAGUUCUGUUGCAUGGGCUAAGGCUUUAACAGUGGCGACUUGUAGUAGCCUCAGACAACAGAAGAGACCUCCGCUACCCUAGAUGUGUAAAACCUGUUUGCAGAAUUGCAGACAGUCCCAAAGCUCAUGUUUUAGCUGUGUAGCUUGAACUUUGCAAAAGCAGUUAAUACGUAGGCUGUAAAGCUGCAUGCUCACAGCUCAUCCAUUUACGCUGCGCCAUGUUAGCAGCUGAUGUUGUACUCGUGAAGUGAUUGUUACCAACUGUGACUUGUGUGUAAUUUAUUUCAGAACAGGUUUGAAUGAGUGAAGUCCAUAUCAAUGAACGUCAAGACUUCUGCCUCUUUACAGAUCAGUAGUGAAAUAUUCAUAUAAUAUGGAAUAUUCACCCAGCUUCUCUCUUGUUUCUUGUUUGAGACGGGGGCAGAGAUGUGUUAGUACGUUUCUUACACAAGGACAGUUUUAAAUGUUGUAAUGUUUACCGCAUUGUGUUCUUUGCCUGUUCAUUUUAAUGAAUUGAAAUUGUGUAUCUAAUAUGUGAUAGUUGAGAUAGAUAAAACGUACAAUGUUGUAACAGUUCUUUAGUAAAUAAUCCCUCCCAGAUAACGAGGUAAAUGUCUAGAUUGUGCAAGAUAUUAAAUUAGCUUUCUGGUGUGGUCCUAACAAACC